UGUGAUCUAAUGUGGGUGAAAGAGCAGGAAGGGGACUGAAGUGAAGACAGGCAGGAAGAGGACUGAAGUGAGGACUGAAGUGAAGACAGGCAGUGAAGACUGAAGUGAAGAGGACUGAAGUGAAGACAAGCAUUGAGGAGGACUGAAGUGAAGACAGGCAGUGCAGAGGACUGAAGUGAGGACAGGCAGUGCAGAGGACUGAAGUGAGGACAGGCAGUGAAGAGGACUGAAGUGAAGACAAGCAUUGAGGAGGACUGAAGUGAAGACAGGCAGUGCAGAGGACUGAAGUGAAGACAGGCAGUGAAGAGGACUCUGACAGUGAAGAGGACUGAAGUGAAGACAGACAGUGAAGAGGACCCUGACAGUGAAGAGGACUGACAGUGAGGGACCUGACAGUGAAGAGGACCCUGACAGUGAAGAGGACUCUGACAGUGAAGAGGACUGAAGUGAAGACAGACAGUGAAGAGGACUCUGACAGUGAAGAGGACUGAAGUGAAGACAGACAGUGAAGAGGACUCUGACAGGUACAGUGCUCUUUACAGGCGUGUGCAGCGAUGGAGUUGAAUGUUGCUAAAAUGAUCAUUCCAGCAGGAGGUAUAAUGGUCCUCCCCUUCCUCACUUUAAUAACCUUCCUCUUCUGGCCAGGAGCGAUGCUGAAGGUCUACAACUGGUUUAUACGUCGCAGGAUGGGGCUGGUGGUCAGCUACUCUUACAGUGGAAGUUACCGCUUCUGUUAUUCCAGCCGCGGUACGCCAGGGGGCGCCACUCCAUCGCUGCUGAUGCUGCAUGGCUUCUCCGCCAGCAAGGACAUGUGGCUGCCCUUCCUAAAGUUCCUCCCCAAAAAUCUGCAUCUAGUGUGUGUGGACAUGCCGGGACACGAGGGGACGAGUCGCACCAGCGUCGAGGACUACAGCAUCCAGGGCCAGGUCGCCCGAAUCCACCAGUUUGUGCAGAGUAUCGGUCUGGAUAAAAGACCCUUCCACCUGGUCGGCAUUUCGAUGGGUGGGAAUGUUGCUGGCGUGUACGCUGCCUGUUACCCCGCUCACCUGUCCAGCGUCAGCUUGAUGUGCCCGGCAGGUCUGGAUUAUCCCACAGACUCUGAGUUCAUCACUCAUCUGAAGGAGCUGGAGCUGAGUCAGAAGGAGGAAGCCAUCGCUCUGAUCCCCACCACCGUUCAGGAGUUGAAGAACAUGCUGAGACUCAGCUGCCACAUGCCACUCAACCUCCACCGACAGGUCCUCCAAGGUUUCCUAGACAACAGACUCCCCAACAAUAGUUUCUACAAAGAAGUGUUGAGGGAGAUCUGUGGGGAGACGUCUCGUUACUCACUGCAGGAAAACAUGCAUCGGAUCACAGCGCCCCUGCAGGUCAUCUGGGGGAAGGAAGACCAGUUGCUGGAUGUGUCGGGGGCGGGUGUGCUGCAGGCGGCACAGCCGAGCUGUCGGGUGGAGCUGCUGGACAACUGUGGUCACAGUGUGACGGUGGAGCGGCCCAGGAAGUGUGCCAAGCUCGUCAUGGACUUCUUGUACACGCAUGAAGUCAACGGAGAAGACGCUAAGAAACGAUCCUGAAGAAAACGUUUGAACCGUUCCGAUGACCCCUGACCUCAUGAUGAAUGAUGACGAUGAAGAGAGUGAUUGUAAAGAUGAAGAUUAGAAUAGUGAUGAUGUAAAUGACGGAGGUAACGAUUGUGGUGGUGAUGCACUGGUAUAGUUCAUUGUAAGACUUUUCCAAGACGGCCUUUAUGUAUGUGAAAACUAAACCAAUGCACAAAAAUGCCACCGACUGAAGUCCUGAAGUGUUCACCACUUUGGAUUUCACACAGCACCAGGAUGUAAUUUCUGUUUUAGAUUUAAAAACUGAGUGAGAACAUUCCAUGUGGGGAUUUUGCACAUUUCUCUUUCAUAAAACUGUAUUUCUGUCUCUUGUUUCACUGAAUGACAGACGUCUGUCUGUGUCUCUUCUCUCCUGCUGCAGAUUUAAUCUCAUAAAAACACAUUUAGAUUGAGAUUCCGAAUGGUGAAUGGGAUUCACGAUUUAUGUGUAAUUUGUAUUACUUAUGUCAAUUUAGAAACUACAAAACUUUGAUAAAUUAUUUAAUAAUUUUAGCACUUGUAAAAGGAUUCGCCAUGAAAAAUGAAAACUAGUUCACUGUGUGGCAACUGAGCCGUAGAGUUUCAUGAAGAAUUUAAAAGCUUGAAUCCAAAUGUUUGCAUUUUCUUAAAUAAAUCUUUUGCUCUGUACCUGCAAUAUGUUGAACAAAGAGAGUCGUGUAACUCCCAAUAAAAACAACCUUGUAACGAGAAA